AUUUUAAUGGCUUCUUGCUGUCUAUUUCUCAUUUCCUUGUGGGUUUUCUCUUAUUGUCACUUUUCUUCCCUUUUUGGAGCUCUCUUCCCUUCUUGCCUUUUAACCUUCUGAAACACUCUUUUGUCCGUCAUGUUCAGUCAUCUCAAUCCCCCUCUAAAAGUAUGAUAAAACACACAUUCAUACAUAUUGAUAUGACAAUUUUGUUAGUAUGAUUAUUUUGUCAAUUACUUGUUCUCUUUUGCUCUGCACAUCUACUUAUAAUUCACAUCCCAGUCAUCACACAGCUUUCUAGCUUAUGUAUAAUUAAGUAUUUUCCGCUAUAACCUCUCUUAUUAGUUUCUCUCGAUUUCUUGACUUCACAAGAGAAGCCUAUCUUUCUCAGAAAUGGGUUGCAGUCACGAUCUUGUGUGUGGCUAUAGACUUCACCUUUUUGCCAUUUGUGUUCUCUUUCUCCUAAUUUCUAGCACAUCACAGCUAAGAAUAUUCUGUGGCGCAGAAGGUAGAAAGUUAGUACAGAGGAUCGACAAUUCCCAGACAAUAAGCGAAGAGAAGGCAGCACAAAUCGGUUCGAGGCCGCCACGGUGCGAGAGGAGGUGCAGUUCUUGUGCGCAAUGUGAAGCCAUUCAGGUGCCCACAAACCCUCAAAAAAGAAACGGAAUCAAGAAUUCAACCAUUCGCUUUGCUAGAUCAGAUGAUAAUUCCAACUACAAGCCCAUGAGCUGGAAAUGCAAAUGUGGAAGCCUCAUUUUCAACCCGUAGUCUGAUCAUAAUAAUAUGUAUAGUGAAAAUUGAAUAAUAUUAUGAUUUUUAUCGCCUCUUCUUGUUCUUUUUAAGUCUCUAUUUCUGGGAAAGAAAUUAAGGUCCAUUUGAUUGUAAAGAUGAAAUUUGGAUGGAAAGAAAACGAA